UUGGAUUUCACAAAGAAAUCUCAUAUCAUGGGAUUCAAAGAUACUAGUUGCUUCUUGAAGUGAUAAGGAAUUCACAACCACUUUGCUAUCAAUCUAAUCUUAUAUACCUAUGAACCGAGACAAAAGUUAUCCCAAUACAAGUUGUAUACACAAAAUAUAUAUACAUACACUAAGUCGAUAAGGCGACAGACGGCUGCCAACGUAAAUCAAUGCAAGCCUAGCAAAUGUACUUCCCACAAGAGAGUCAUUACCAUAAAUAAUAUUCGUUAUAAAUUAUUGAGAGCAGUUUUAAGAUGACUAGUUCGUUUUGAAGAGCUCGAUAAGCCAAACUUGGUAGCAGAAAAUCUCAUAUAAAAGCACAGCUGCAGAAAUCAAUUAUCAAAUUGAAAAGAGCUACAAUGGUAUCUAAAGCAGUUGCCGCUCUAGUUUUUGCCGUUCUGGUUUGCAGCCAGCACGCAGUCCAAGGGGUCAAUGUGGUUUCCAAGGCGGAGUGGGGUGGUCGUGCUCCAAACUACCGUGUUGCCCUGGGCAACUACCUGAACUAUGCCAUUAUUCACCACACGGCCGGCAACUAUUGCGAGACGCGUGCCGCUUGCGCACAACAGCUACGCAACAUCCAGAGCUACCACAUGGACAGCCUGGGCUGGCCCGAUAUUGGCUAUAACUUCCUGAUCGGCGGUGAUGGCGCUGUGUACGAGGGUCGUGGCUGGAAUUCGAUGGGCGCCCAUGCUGCCGAAUGGAAUUCGGUGAGCAUUGGCAUUUCGUUCUUGGGCAACUUCAAUUGGGACACAUUGGAGCCGAAUAUGAUCGCAUCUGCCCAGGGCCUGCUCAAUGAUGCCGUCAAUCGUGGCCAGUUAAGCUCGGGCUAUGUCUUAUACGGCCAUCGUCAAGUAAGUGCCACGGAAUGCCCUGGCACUCACAUCUGGAACGAGAUCCGUGGAUGGUCUCACUGGAAAGCUUGAUUUCGACCGAAAUAUCAAUAAAUGAUCAAUUAAAUAUCGUUCAAA